AUGGCCCAGGAGGGCAGCUUCAUGGCCAUGGCCGCGCCCGCCCCGUCCAACGGCGCCCAGCCCGCGGCCACGCAGCCGUCCGGCUCGCAGUCCUCCACGCACCCCAGCUUCCGCAGGCAGCGCGCCUCCCGAGCUUGCGAGACGUGCCAUGCACGAAAGGUCCGCUGCGACGCCGCCAGCUUAGGAGUCCCCUGCACCAACUGCACCGCCUUCGCCAUCGAGUGCCGCAUCCCCACGCCCAAGCGAAAGAAGACGGCCAACAAGAAGGACACGGACAGUGACCAAGGCUCCAACACGCCGCAGAAUGGCGACCCCAGGCGCGAGUCGACGACGGCCGCCGAGUCGCCUGCCCCCACGACCGCCACCACCAUCUCGAACCCCACGGGGCUGAACCUGAGUCGAGACGAAAAAUCCACGGUAGUUAAUUCUCCUGACGGCAUUCCUUCCACGAGCCUGCCGCCCACCUACGCAGCCCAGCAAGCCACUCACAACCGUUCGUUUGUGCAGUUCAUGAAGCCCAAGUUUGCCCGCGCACCCAUCAAGGAGGCUGGCCGCGUCGCCUAUCUGGGCGAGUCGUCCAAUCUUUCCCUGCUCGUCCACGACCGCUACGGAACCACUGAUGUUGUGCACUACCCGCUUCCGGAGAAUGUACGAGGCGCCAAGGCCCGCGUCAAUGAGCUUGAUGACAUGGAGAUCAAUAUCCUACAUACGCGUGGUGCUUUUCUGCUGCCGCCGCGCGCUCUUUGCGACGAGCUUGUCGACGCUUUUUUCAAAUGGGUUGCCCCCGUGGUGCCCGUUAUCAACCGCAGCCGUUUCAUGAGGCAGUACCGAGACCCGAAGAACCCGCCUUCUCUGCUCCUCCUGCAGGCCAUCCUACUUGCAGGAUCGCGUGUAUGCACGAACCCGCAGCUCAUGGACUCGAGCGGCUCCACAACACCGGCGGCCAUGACUUUCUACAAGCGCGCCAAGGCCCUUUUUGAUGCAAAUUACGAGGACGAUCGAGUCACUAUGGUGCAGGCACUUAUCUUGAUGGGCUGGUAUUGGGAGGGCCCGGAAGAUGUGACGAAAAACGUCUUUUACUGGAGUCGGGUAGCCAUCGUGGUGGCUCAGGGCUCCGGUAUGCACAGAAGCGUCGAGGGAUCACAGCUCAGUCGAUCGGACAAGCGACUUUGGAAGCGUAUCUGGUGGACCCUGUUCUCCCGUGAUCGCUCGGUAGCUGUUGCACUGGGACGCCCGGUGGCCAUUAACCCCGAGGAUUCCGAUGUCGAGAUGAUCUCCGAGGACGACUUUAUUGAAGACGAACCCGACCGCCCGGCUGAGUACAAUCCCGACCCAGUGCACGUUCAGUUCUUCAUCAACUACGUCAAACUCUGCGAGAUCAUGGGGCUCGUCCUGUCGCAGCAGUACUCGGUGGCUUCGAAGUUCCGACGGACCAAUGCCAUCGACCUUACACACAGCGAUAUGGCGCUCGCUGAUUGGCUGCAGCACUGUCCCAAAGAGGUGUACUGGGAAAAGUCCCGCCACCACUUUUGGUCAGCCUUGCUGCAUGCCAAUUACUACACCACCCUCUGCUUGCUACAUCGUGCACACAUGCCUCCGGCGGGUUCACCACGCACCGACCCAAUGGAGCAGUCGGCUUACCCCUCCCGCACAAUUGCAUACCAGGCAGCCGGCAUGAUUACGUCCAUCAUCGAAAGCUUACAGAGUCAUGAUGAGUUGCGCUAUACACCUGCUUUUAUUGUUUACAGUCUAUUCUCCGCCUUGAUCAUGCACGUCUACCAAAUGCGUUCUUCUAACAAAUCUAUCGUUGCGGCGACCGAGCAAAGGCUAUCCAUCUGCAUGACAGCCUUGAAGGACGUCUCAAGAGUUUGGCUUGUCGCAAAGAUGGUCCACACGCUCUUCGAAUCUAUACUCGGCAACAAGGUUCUGGAAGACCGGCUCCAAAGGGCAGCUGGAAAAAGGCAUCAGAAGAACCGCCCAUCAAACAUGCCCCAGCCUCAACCACAGCCGCAGCACUCGACGAUACCCAAGCCAAGGGAUGAGCUGAAGCGCAAAUUCGACGAGAUCGAUAUGAAUUUCGCGAGCGGACCACCAGCACCACAGGUUUCCUACGAACGCUCGAGACCGCAGACGCCAGCAGUCACGCCAUCUCGAGAUAUCCAUCCGCCUCAAGUGCCCACAAUGUCUGCACAAUCGCCCGAUAUGACGCGGCAGAACAAGGAUGCCUUCAUGGUACCCGGGCAACCUCCGUUGAACACCAACGGGGCGGGGGCGGUGCCAAUGGCCCAUGGCGGGCCGCAGGGCGACGCUAGUGCAUGGGCACAUAUGGAUAUGGUUAAUCAGCAGCAACAGUCUGGGAAUGAAGAGACGUGGAGCAACAGCAGCCGGGGGCAGCCAAUCGCACCAACAACACUUAAUGUUGAGGAUUGGUUUCACUUCUUCGGCAUUAAUGGCGACGUGAGCGCUCUGAACGGCGGCUAUUAA